AUGGGCUCCAUGUCUUCCCCCGAAGUCACACUCGACAAUGUCGCCGAGGUCCUGCAACAAGAUACCCGGGUCAAGUUAGCCGGCGUGGAUGUCGAUGGGAUGCUUCGCGGGAAGCUCGUCUCCAAGAAAAAGUUCCUUUCGAUCGUGUCGGAAGGCUUUGGAUUCUGCUCAGUGAUAUUCGGGUGGGACAUGCACGAUCAGACAUAUUUCAAGGAGUUGGCCAUCAGUAACAAGGAGAACGGCUAUCGGGAUAUUGUUGCCAUUCCAGACCUGAGCAGCUUCCGUCGCAUUCCCUGGGAGAACAACGUCCCGUUCUUCCUCGUUAGCUUUCACGAUCCCGAUACUCGGGAGCCCGUGUGUGCAUGCCCUCGAGGUCUGGUGAAGACCGCACUUGGCAAGGCUGAGGCGGCCGGGUAUCGGGCGAUGGCAGGGGCGGAGUAUGAAUUUUAUCAAUUUCGUGUACCGGAAUCACAUCCAUCUCCCGAGCGCAGCGCGUCUUCCACGGCGACCUUUUUGAGAGAGAAUCCCGUUGAAGCAUUACCUUCCCUAACCGAGGGAAUGUUCGGAUACAGUUUAACCCGCCCUAUUCAUAAUCAGGAUUAUUAUUAUGGCAUUUUCGAUGCGUGCGAGCAAUUUAAAUGCGACAUUGAAGGAUGGCAUACAGAAAGUGGGCCCGGUGUGUUUGAAGCUGCGCUACAAUUCGGAGAAGCCAAGGAGAUGGCAGAUAAAGCAGGACUAUUCAAGUAUGUCGUCAAAUCGAUUGGAACCAAGCACGGUAUCACACCCACUUUCAUGGCAAAACCCCGACAGGGAUUGCCUGGUAAUAGUGGCCACAUGCAUAUCUCGCUCGUUACCAGUGAUGGAAAGAAUGCUUUUCUGCGCGAUACCCCAGACCCAUCUCCACCCUACCCCGAUGUCGCCUAUCUCUCCGACUUGGGCAGAUACUUCUUAGCGGGCGUUCUCACAGGUCUCCCGGAUAUUAUGCCUAUGUUUGCGCCGACCGUCAACUCUUACAAACGGCUUGUGGAGAAUUUCUGGGCCCCCGUCACGGUUUCGUGGGGCCUGGAGCAUCGGGCGGCCUCUAUUCGAUUGAUUACACCGCCGACAGGCAGCCCGAAGGCCACCCGGCUAGAAGUGCGAGUUCCCGGAGCAGAUGCCAAUCCGCAUUAUGUCAUGGCGGCUAUUGUCGCAUUGGGAUGGCGGGGCGUGGAGAAGAAGCUGGAGAUCCCAGUGCCCCCGCUAUCUAAAGGUGAGGAGAUGGGGGGUGGGAGCGACCAGGGGGUGCGUCUGGCCAAGUCCCUCAAGGAAGCUGUCGCCGCGUUUACGCGCAAGGGCAGUGUCGCACGGGAGGUGUUUGGGGAUGCUUUCGUCGACCAUUUUGGCGGCACCCGGGAACAUGAAGUGCGCCUGUGGGAAGAGGCCGUCACCGAUUGGGAGGUGCGGCGAUAUAUUGAAACGGUCUAG